AAUUGCCUAAGACGUAAUUUUCAAAUGCUCCUUGUGCUCAUGCGCGGAAUUUCUAGUUCUGUUCAGUUAAGAAGACGAGAGAGAUGGAGUAAUAGAGACAGAGAGCAGACCGAAUAAAGCUGAUAUUGAAAAAAGAAAAGUGAAAUUUUGUUGCGUCCACAUUUAUAAUGUCAAGUGUAACGAACGUCAACAUAACACAUUAAAAUACGUCCUGCCCGAAUUAUAAAAAUGGAUUCUGGAGUCGAAACUGGGAACGAUUCUAACGAUAGUUUAGUUACUCAACACGACAAUCUUGUUGCAAUGACUAAUGCUAAUGCUUCUGGUCAAACACAGUCAAGCGUUAAUAACAUAAUCGAUUAUGUUACUACGUCAAGUGGAACUUCUAUGAAUAAUUCGUCUGCCUUGAUCGUCCCACCAGAGGCAACCAGUCAAGAAUCAUUACCAGGUGUAUCCGAAACGAACGAGAGCGCGCCAUCUAAUAGCUUAAUUAGCGUUAACACAUUAAACUCCAGUCCACUUUUUUCAUUGGCUCUCGUCCCAGCCACCGACAAAACAAAGAUAUUUGAAUUUCAAAUACCUCCUAUAUAUCAUAACGAUUGUCCCCUACCAGCUCCUAUAGACUUUCUAAAGUCCAAAUUGUGCAAUCAUGGAAAAAUAAAACCAUUCAAAUAUUAUACUCCAAAAGUUAAAAGACACCAUUUCUUGGUUUGUAAAGAUUUUAAAGGCUACCUCAACGAGCGAAAAAUGCGCCUUGCCGCAGCCACAAACAACAUUGAAAUGAUGCAGCGAUUACUAAAUUUGGGAAUUUCACCCAAUAACUGCGAUGAACAAGAACGAUCCCCAUUACAUUUGGCAUCUUGCAGAGGCUAUAGCGAGAUGGUGAGCCUCCUGCUGACCUACGGCGCCGAUCCGAACCAGCGCGACUGCCUCGGUAACACACCAUUGCACCUCGCCGCGGUUACGAGCAAAAUCUCGGUGGUGACGCUCCUGCUGAUGGCGGGCACUGACGUCCUCUCCUCGGACUACCGUGGCUACAAUCCCCUCCAGCUCGCCCAGACGAAGCUCCGCGUACUCCAGAACUGCGAGGGCUCCGACAUGAAUCAGAUAAAGGACGAGGUGCGCAACGUAAUCGUCAUGCUGCUUGCCUACCUGCAGAAGCAGAAGGACGCGCGCGAGCAGGUCGAGGCGCUAAGCACCUUUUGCUCGCGGUUAUCCCUCUCCAAUACGUCCGAUCAGAUCCAGGACGACGUGAGGAACUUAUUGGCCAACAUCGACUCACUCAGCCUGAAGAAUUAAAAUGGCCGUGAGCCCCGACAUUUCCAGGCGA